GGCCAGUACUGUGACAUCUGCUCCUCUGCAAACAGCAACAAGGCCCACCCCAUCACAAAUGCCAUCGAUGGGACCGAGCGCUGGUGGCAGAGCCCCCCUCUGUCCCGGGGGCUGGAGUUCAACCAGGUCAACGUCACCCUGGACCUUGGACAGCUCUUCCACGUAGCAUAUGUCCUGAUCAAGUUUGCCAACUCCCCUCGUCCUGACCUCUGGGUGCUGGAGAGAUCGACUGAUUUUGGCCUCACCUAUGAGCCCUGGCAGUAUUUUGCCUCUUCCAAGAGGGACUGCAUUGAGAAGUUUGGCCAGCACACUGUGGACCGUAUCACCAGGGAUGACCACGCCAUCUGCACCACGGAGUACUCCAGGAUUGUGCCUUUGGAGAAUGGGGAGAUUGUUGUGUCCCUGGUGAACGGGCGCCCAGGAGCCAUGAACUUCUCCUACUCCCCUCUGCUGCGGAACUUCACCAAAGCCACCAACAUCCGCCUGCGCUUCCUGCAGACCAACACUCUGCUGGGCCACCUGAUGGGCAAGGCUCUGAGGGACCCCACGGUCACCAGGAGGUAUUACUACAGCAUCAAGGAUAUCAGCAUUGGAGGGCGCUGCGUGUGCCACGGCCACGCCGACGUCUGCGAUGCCAAAGAUCCCAACGACCCUUACAGGCUGCAGUGUGACUGCCAGCACAACACCUGUGGUGGCUCCUGUGACCGCUGCUGCCCUGGCUACAACCAGUUCCCCUGGAAGCCUGCCACCGCCGACAGCGCCAACGAGUGCCAGCCCUGCAAUUGCAAUGGCCAUGCCUAUGACUGCUACUACGACCCAGAGGUGGAUAGACACAAAGCCAGCAGAAGCCGUGAGGACAAGUUUGAAGGGGGAGGUGUUUGUAUUGACUGCCAGCACCACACCACUGGCAUUAACUGUGAGAGGUGCAUCCCUGGCUACUAUCGCUCCCCCGACCACCCCAUCGACUCUCCUUAUGUUUGCUACCGCUGUAACUGUGAGUCUGACUUCACCGAUGGCACCUGCGAGGACCUGACCGGGCGCUGCUACUGCAAACCCAACUACACCGGGGAGCACUGCCACGCCUGUGCCGAGGGCUACCUCAACUUCCCCCACUGCUACCCCAUUCCAGCUUUCUCUCACAACAGUACUGGAGAACAAGUGCUUCCUGCAGGACAGAUAAUAAACUGUGACUGCUACGCAGGAGGGACAGAGGGCAACGCCUGUCGCAAGGACCCCCGGGUGGGGAUGUGUGUGUGCAAACCCAACUUCCAGGGUACACACUGUGACCAGUGUGCCCCAGGCCACUACGGCCCCAGCUGCCAGCCCUGCCAGUGCUCUGGCCCUGGUCAGUACGAUGGCACCUGUGACAGUGACACGGGGCAGUGUCUGUGCCGGACAGGCUUCGAAGGGCACUCGUGUGACCAGUGUGCUCCAGGCUACUUCAACUACCCUCUGUGCCAGUUGUGUGGCUGCAGUGCUGUGGGGACGCUGCCAGGAGGCUGUGACUCUGCUGGGAAUUGUUUCUGCAGGGCUGAGUUUGCAGGGCCACGCUGUGAGCAGUGCAGCCCUGGCUACCACUCCUACCCCCACUGCUACGCUUGCUCCUGCGAUCCCCGGGGUGCAGUGGACAACACCUGCAGCCCAACGGGGCAGUGCCGAUGCCACGGGAACUUUGCAGGGCACACCUGCAACCAGUGUGCCCUGGGCUUCUAUGGAUUCCCCAGCUGCACACCGUGCCAGUGCUCCCGGGAGGGGUCCCUGCACGGCUCCUGUGAGCAGGACACGGGGCAGUGCAGCUGCCGGCCCGGGGUGACGGGGCUGCGCUGUGACAGCUGUGAGCCCGGUGCCUACGGCUUCCCCCACUGCCAAGUGGGCUCCUGUAACCCAGCAGGGUUGGAGACUGCAGAUCCCUCGCUGGCCCCGGGCUCCUGUGCAUGUCGGGCAUACGUGGAAGGCCCAGCCUGUGACAGAUGCAAGCCUGGAUACUGGAACCUGACUCCAGAGAACCCCUAUGGCUGCCUGAGCUGCAAGUGUGACACCAAGGGCACCAUCAGUGGGAUCACAGAGUGCCGGCAGGGCGAUGGGCAGUGUUUCUGCAAAGCCAACGUGUGUGGGAAGCUCUGCUCAGCCUGCAAGGAUGGCUACUUCAACAUGGAGAAUGCCAAUUACUUUGGCUGCCAAGGCUGCCGGUGCGACGUCGGCGGGGCGCUGGGGCCGUCCUGCGAGGCACGGAGCGGAGCCUGUCGCUGCCGGCAGGGCACGCGGGGUCCCACCUGCACACAACCAGCACGGGAUCAUUAUUUCCCUGACCUUCACCACUUGAAAUUCGAGCUGGAGGAAGGCACCACGCCGUCGGGCCGGGCUGUGCGCUUUGGCUACAACCCCUUGGAGUUUGAGGGCUUCAGCUGGCGAGGCUAUGCACAGAUGUCCUCCAUCCAGCCCAAGGUAGUGGUGACUGUCAAUGUGACCUCCCCCGACCUCUUCCGCCUCGUCUUCCGCUACGUCAGCCGGGGGCCCGCCAGUGUGCAAGGGAGGGUCUCGGUCCUUGAGGAAGGAAAGUUUAAUGUUUGUGCCAACUGUACAGAGCAGACCAAGCAGAUUGUCUUUGCCCCCAGCACGGAGCCAGCCUUUGUCACUGUGCCCCAGAACAGCUUCGGGGAGCCCUUCGUGCUCAACCCCAGCACCUGGUCCCUGGUUGUGGAAGCACAGGGGGUGCUGCUGGACUACCUGGUUUUGCUGCCCAGCUCAUACUACGAAGCACCAAUCCUGCAGCUGAAGGUCACAGAGCCUUGUGUCUACCAGCCAGCCCCUGAACAAGCCACCCAGAACUGCCUCUUGUACAAGUACCUGUCUGUGGAGGGCUUCCCUGCCGUGCCAGGGGUGGAUGCAGUGUGCAGGAUGGACAACAGGCUCCCCAGGCUGUGUCCCACGGAGCAGCUCACCCCCUCCCACCCGCCCAUGGCCACCUGCAGUGGCACUGAUGUGGAAGUGCAGCUGUCCCUGUCCGUAGCCCAGCCUGGGAAGCACGUGCUGCUGGUGGAAUAUGCCAACACCAACGCCCUGCAGAGCGUGGCCAUCGCCGUCAGCUCGCCGCGCUCGCCAACGCAGCAGGGCACCUUCACCUUCUACCCCUGUGCCUACAGUUUCCUUUGUCGAGGGAUUGCUGUGGAUUCCCAGAGUCGAAUGGCAACUUUUGAACUCACCUCCGAGGCCACUGUUCGGUUCACCUCUGAUCUGGCUGAUUUCUUCCUGCACAAAGUGUACCUGAUCCCUGCUGCACAGUUCACCAUGGAGCUCAUCGAGCCGAAGGUGCACUGCAUCAGUGUCCAUGGCACCUUCUCAUCCAACAGCAGCUCCUGUGUCCCCUCAAGGUUCCUGAAGCUUUCUCAGUCGAUCAUUCUGGAGGGGGCCCAGGCUCUGCCCAUUCCCCCAGAGGUGCCCCUGGCUCAGGCUGUCCAUGUGGCUCCAUCUGGGGUGCCAGUGGAGCCUGCUCCUCGUCCUCCCACAGCCAUGGACCCCACUGCAGAGCUCAUCCUCCUGCAGUCCCCACAGGCUGCAGUGGUGUUCAGCAGCAGGAUCCAGAGCCUGGGACGCUACGCCUUCAUCCUGCACCUGUACCAGCCCAGCCACCCCAGCUUCCCCGUGGAGGUGCUCAUCAAUGGAGGGCGCAUCUGGCAAGGUCAGACCAAUGCCAGUUUCUGCCCUCAUGGCUACGGGUGUCGGAGCCUGGUGGUUUCUGAGGACCAGACCAUCCUGGAUGUCACUGACAAUGAUCUGACUGUGGUGGUUCGGGUGCCAGAGGGAAAGCAGCUGUGGCUGGAUUACAUCCUCGUGGUGCCUGAGGACAGCUACACCCCUCAGUACCUGCAGGAGGAACCCCUGGACAAGUCCUAUGAUUUCAUCAGCAGCUGUGGCAUCAACAGCUUCUACAUCAACCCUAGCACGUCGUCGAGGUUCUGCCGUGACUCUGCCAUCUCCCUGUCCCUCUUCUACAACGACGGGGCACAGCCGUGUGCCUGCCACGAGGCGGGGGCACGGGGCAGCCAGUGCCAGCCCCUGGGGGGACAGUGUCCCUGCAGGCCCAACGUCAUCGGCCGCCAGUGCUCCCGCUGUGCCACCGGAUACUGGGGCUUCCCCAACUGCAGGCCCUGUGACUGCGGGACACGUCUGUGUGAUGAGGUGACAGGGCAGUGCAUCUGCCCUCCCCACACCCUGAAGCCCGAGUGUGUCGUGUGUGAGCCCCAGACGUUCGGGUGCCACCCCCUGAUCGGCUGUGAGGACUGCAACUGCUCCCGGCCCGGCGUGCAGGAGCUGGCAGAGCCAGGCUGCGACGUGCACAGCGGCCAGUGCAGGUGCAAGCCCAACAUCAUCGGGCGGCAGUGUGACCUCUGUGCCCCUGGCUACUACCACUACCCUGAGUGCAGGCGCUGUGACUGCCACCAGGCUGGCACCCAGGCCAGCGUGUGUGACCCAGUCACAGGGCAGUGUCACUGCAAGGAAAAUGUGGAGGGCCUGAGGUGUGACCAAUGCCGCCUGGGGACGUUUUCUUUGGAUGCCACCAACCCCAAGGGCUGCACCAAGUGUUUCUGCUUCGGUGCCACCGACCGCUGCCGCAGCGCCGAGAAGCACCGGGCUGAGUUUGUCGACAUGCACGGGUGGCUCUUGCUGAGCAGCGACCGCUACGAGGUGCCAACAGCUCUGAGCCCACGGGAGCAGCUCGUCACUGCUGACCUCAAAAACCUCCCAGAUGCCUACCAGGAGCUCUACUGGGUUGCACCCAGCUCCUACCUUGGGGACCAGGUUUCCUCCUAUGGAGGGCACCUUCGCUACGAGCUGCACUCCAACCCUCGCAGGGGUGACGUGUUCAUUCCCAUGGAGUCCCGGCCUGAUGUGAUCCUCAAGGGAAAUCAGAUGAGCAUCAUGUUUCUGGAAGGUGCCUACCCAUCCCCAGGGGAGGCACAUCAAGGCCAGCUACAGCUGGUGGAGGGUAACUUCAGGCACACAGAGACUCACAACCCUGUGUCCAGAGAGGAGCUGAUGAUGGUGCUGGCAAACCUGGAGCAGCUGCAGAUCCGGGCACUGUUCUCCCAGCUCUCUUCCUCCGUGUCCCUGCGCCGUGUGGUGCUGGAGAUGGCCACAGACACAGCCACGGGCAUCCGUGCCAGCAACGUGGAGCUGUGCCUGUGCCCAGCCAACUACCAGGGGGACUCCUGCCAGGAAUGUGCUCCAGGUUACUACAGGGACACCAAGGGGCUCUUCCUGGGAAAAUGCAUCCCCUGCCAUUGCAAUGGCCACUCAGAUCAGUGCCUGCCAGGCUCUGGGAUAUGCCUUAACUGCCAGCACAACACAGAAGGAGACCACUGUGAGCGAUGCAAGGACGGCUACAUGGGCAGCCCCUCAGCCCAGGAGCCCCUGCAGUGUGUUGGAUGCCCAUGCCCUCUUUCAGUUGCCUCCAACAAUUUUGCUGUUGGCUGUGUCCACAAGGGAUCCAACAUGCAGUGCCUCUGCAAGCCAGGCUACGCUGGACCAAACUGUGAGCGGUGUGCCCCGGGAUACUUUGGCAACCCCCUGGUGAUCGGCAGCUCGUGCCAGCCGUGUGACUGCAGCGGGAACACGGAUCCCAACAUGCUGUUCAGCAGCUGUGACCCGCUGACGGGCGCCUGCUCGAGUGCAACUGUUCGCCUUGUGGGACUGACUCCUGCCAUCCACAAACUGGGCAGUGCUUCUGCAAGCCUGGAGUGACGGGCCAGCACUGUGACCGCUGCGAGGAGGGGUAUUACGGCUUUGAGGGCUGCUCGGGCUGCCGGAGGUGUGACUGCGACGUGGGCGCCGUGGGGAGCAGCUGCCACCUGCAGAGUGGGCAGUGCAGCUGCCUGCCCGGGGUCAGCGGCGCCCGCUGCCACCAGUGCGCCCCGGGCUACUGGGGCUUGGGCCGGGCCGGCUGCACAAAGUGUGAGUGCAGAGGGGGCUCCUGUGACCCCCGCACUGGGGAGUGCACGUGUCCCAGCGGGCUCACGGGGAAGCAGUGCGACGUCUGCCUGCGCCAGCACGAGGUCCUGGUGGCCAACGGCCCCGACAGCAUCAAGUGUGAAGUGUGUGACAGCUGUGUCCUGCUCCUGCUGGAGGACCUGCAGAGCAUCGAGAUGUCCUUCCCGUCCAUCCGCGGCCAGCUGGUCACCCUCAACGCCAGCUCCAUCGCCUGGGCUCGCCUGCAUGGCCUCAACGGCACCAUUCUGGCCAUUGCUAACCAGCUCCGUGAGUACCACAGAGCCAUGAGCAGGGCCAGGCAAAGGGCUGAUGAGCUGGAGGGUGAGAACAUGGAUCUCACACAGGACCUGAAUGCACUGCAGCACAAAAUGACCAUGACUCACAGAGAAGCAGUUCGUGUUGAGCAGCACACAAGGGACAUGUACCAGAGAGGGGAACAGCUCCUGCUGCACAUCCAGAGCAUCCAGAGGGGCAUUGCAGAGCUGGUGCGGCAGAUGGCCAGGAUUGGGGCAGAGAACGCCAGCACCACGUCCGCAGAGGAGUUCCGGCAGAAGCUGGCUGAGGUGGAGAGGAUGCUGAGGGAGAUGAAGGAGAGGAGCCUGGGAGCCCAGGAGGAGCUGGCAAGGCGUGAGCACGAGGAGGCUAAGAAAUUGCUGCAUCGGGUGAGGAGCGAGCUGCACGCCCGCUGGCAGUCCAACCAGGACCUGCUGAGCAGCAUCCAGGAGAGGCUGGCCCAGCACAGCUCCCAGCUCAUGGAUCUGAGAGAUGCCCUCAACGAGGCUGUGAACAAAACCAGGCAGACAGAGGAGCUCAACAGCCUGAACCGAAACAACCUGGAGGAGACUCAGCAAAAGAGCCAGGAGCUCCAGAAGCAGCAUGCACUGGUGCAGGAGACCCUGCAGAUGGCCAGGGACGCCCUUGCCCAGGUCUCUGACUUCCUGCAGAUGAUGGAGCGUGCCAAGGAGGCCUAUGAGAAGCUGGCAGCACUGCUGGAUGGGGCCAAGCUGCCCCUCACUGAGCGAGUGAAGAAGUUCUCCCCAGCCAGCAGCAAGAUCCCCAUGGUGGAGCAGGCAGAGGAGCACGCCCGGCUCCUGGAUGAGCUCGCACGGAACCUGUCUGGCAUUAUCCAGGACACAAACCAGGAUGGCUUCAUCCAGAGGGCAGUCAAUGCCUCCAAUGCCUACGCCAGCAUCAUUGAAGCUGUGAGGAAAGCAGAGCAGGCAGCCCACGAUGCUGACAAGGCAGCCAGCGAGGCCCUGAUGAAUGUCAUAUCAGAAAACCUCGGGGCCACCUCCAGAACACUGAAGAGGAACAGCAGCAGCCUGGAGGAGGCUGCAAGGAGACAGCAGAGCAAACUCAAUGGGGCUAUUAAAGGCACUCUGCAGACAGCAAAGGACAAGCUGGCUGGUCUCCGUGCGAAGAAGGAGCAGCUCCUGAGCCAGCUGCAGUCUGUGCAGGACAUGCUGGGCAGGGAGCAAGAGGACACAAAGGACACAAUCCAGAACGCCAAAGCAGCUGCUGCUGAGGCCAAUGAAACAGCUGCUAGAGUGGAGGAUGCCCUGAGCACCAUGAAGAAGAACCUGGAUGAGUGGAAAGAUCAGUAUGGAGGCCUCCGGAAUGAAGACCUGAACCAGGCAGUCCAGGAUGCCAGGAAAUCUGUGUCCAGCCUGGAGAGCACCAUUCCCCUCCUUCUGGAGAAGCUGAGCAGCCUGGAGAACAGGAGGAACAAAAAUGCCACCGUGUCAGAGAACAUCGUGAGGAUCCGGCAGCUCAUCACGCAGGCGAGGAACGCUGCCAGCAAGGUGAAAGUGCCCAUGAAAUUCAAUGGCAGCUCAGGGGUGCAGGUCCGGAUGCCCAGCAAUCUGCAGGAUUUAGCAGCCUACACAUCCCUCAAAUUCUACAUCCAGAACCCCGAGCCCAGGGGCCAGCAGGACGAGGCAGAGGAGGGGCGGUUCGUGUUGUACCUGGGCAGCCAGGAGGCCACUGGAGACUACCUGGGCAUUGUGCUCAAGGACCGCAGAGUGCACUGGAUCUACAAACUGGGAGAUGAGGAACCAACCUCCCUGAGUGUCGAUGAGGAUAUUGGAGAGCAGUUUGUCACCAUCAGCAUCAACAGGAUCCUGCAGUACGGGCACAUGUCGGUGAUCGUGGAGAGGCAGAGGGUGCACGAGAUCAAGGGAGACAGUGUGGCCAGGGGAGAGCAGGGGCUGCUCAACCUGGACCCCCGCAGCGUGGUCUUCUACGUGGGGGGCUACCCCUCCAGCUUCACGCCUCCUCCUGCCUUGCGCUAUCCCAACUACCGUGGGUGCCUGGAGCUGGACACGCUGAACGAGGAGGUGGUGAGCCUGUACAACUUCCAGCACACCUUCGAGCUGGACACGGCUGCUGAGAAACCCUGCGCCAGGUCCAAGUCCACGGGAGAUCCCUGGCUGACUGAUGGCUCCUACUUCGACGGCAGCGGCUACGCCGAGAUCAAGUUUGAGAGCCAGUUCGGCACCACCAAGCGCUUCGAGCAGGAGAUCCGCGUGGUCUCCUACAACGGCAUCAUCUUCUUCCUGGAGAACCAGGGUCAGUUCCUGUGUCUGGCCAUCCGGGAUGGGAAGCUGGCUCUUUACUAUGAUUUCAGCUCUGGCCUGGAGAUGGCAAAACCGAGCAACUCCUCAUCCCUCACCAUCAGCAGCGCCACAAACAAAGCGAUCCAAAUUUUCCUCCUCAAAAUGAAUAACAAGAAGCGCAUCCUGGUGCGGGUGGAGCGCCUCACCAUCUUUGUGGUGGAGCAGGAGAACUCCCUGGAGAACGCUGUCUCCUACUACCUGGGGGGUGUGCCCCCAGCUGUGCUGCCCCCCAGUUUGAAAUCUCUCUUCCCCACGGGUGGGCCCAUCCGGGGCUGCAUGAAGGGCUUGAAGGCCCUUGGCAAGUACGUGGACCUGAAGCGCAUGAACACCGUGGGCGUCAGCUACGGGUGCACCUCGGAUCUCCUGGUUGCUCGCUCCGUGAGUGUCCAUGGCCACGGGUACCUGACCCUGGCUCUGACAGAUGUGCCGGGGCUGAGAGACUUCUACAGCGGCUUCAGCUUCCAGACAAACCAGCCUGAGGGGCUGCUCUACCACCACUCCACCCAGGAGGGGACGUGCCAGGUGUCCCUCCAGAGGGGCCAGCUGGCCUUGAACCUGCUGGGAAGCGAAGUCAUCACUGACAGUGCCUAUGCAGAUGGCAGGGCCCACUACGUGGCCUUCUACAGUGAUGCCCGUGGGCUCAGGCUGUACGUGGAUGACGAGCUGCAGGACAGCAGGACGGGCCCCGGGCGCAGCCGGCGGCAGCGGCGCCAGGAGCAGCGUCGGCUCUUCCACCUCGGGGGCUCCCCGGAGCCAGGGGCCCUCAGCAACAUCAGCGGCUGCAUCGGGAACGUGUUUGUCAAACGGAUGUCAGAGCCGCAGAUGGUGGUGGACCUGCAGCAGAACGUGGAGAGCAUCAAUGUCACCAUGAGCUGUCCCAUGGGCGAGCAGUCGCAGCAGCUCAGAGUCACUCCAAAGAAGGACAGGCGGAAACCCAAGGUGCCGGGCAGGCCAGCGCCCAAGGGCCGCCGCCACGACCAGGACGGGCUGUGCCAGCUGCACCCCCAGCCCCGCACAGCCAGGGGCUCCUCCCGCUUCGGGGGGACCCCGAGCAGCCGCUGGGAGUUUGAUGAGAUCCCAGCCUCCUUUGGGUGGAGGUCCCAUUUCUCCCUGGAGGUGAAGCUGAACUCCUCCAGUGGGCUGCUGUUCUACGUGGCGGGCGAGCGGGGCUCCUCCAUGGCUCUCUUUGUGUCCAACGGGCGCUUUGUUUUCCUGCUGGAGCUCGGCGGGCGCCGGCUGCGCAUCCGCAGCAGGGACAAGUACCGCGACCGCCGGUGGCACACGGUUUUCUUCAGCAGAGACCAGAGCCGGGCCCAGCUGGUCAUCGAUGGGCUGCGAGCCCAGGGUGCUGCAGUGGCCACCACAGGGCUCUUUGUGGCCCAGAGCCCCUUGUAUGUGGGGGGGCUUCCAGCUGGAAAAGCCAAGGCUCACAUACCGGCUGCAUCAGCCUCCAGCUUUGAUGGCUGCCUGAGGAACCCCCAGCUGGACGGGAGGCCCCUUGGUCCCCCCUCACGCACUUUUGGGGUGACGCCGUGCUACGAGGGCGCGCUGGAGAGCGGGGUCUUCUUCACCACGGAUGGCGGCUCCAUCACCUUAGCUGAUGCAGUGAUGACUGAGCAGGACUUGGAGGUGACACUGGAGGUGCGUCCCCGCAGUGCCUCUGGCCUCAUCUUCCACAUUGGCACGAGGAGGAGCCACCAUCUCCUGCUGUACAUGGAGGACACCCAGGUCACUGUGAGAGCAGCCGUUGGGGACGAUGAGUUCUCAGCGUCGGUGACGAGCCCAGCUCUCUGUGACGGGCAGUGGCACACCAUUGCAGUUACCAAAUGGAAAAACAUAAUCCAGGUGGACGUGGACGCAGAAGGCAACCACACAGUGGGGCCCAGCCAGCCCCCUGCACCCAGCACAAGGGCAACCUUCUCCCUGGGAGGGCUGCCAGAGACAGACAAGGCCAGCACAGGGCUGCUGUUACCUCCCCUCCCUCACUACGUGGGCUGUGUCAGGAACCUGCAGAUCAACCAGAGGCACGUGGACCUGCCUCGAGCUGGGACUGCCCGGGGCUCUGUGAGCCUGAAGGGCUGCCCUGUGCUCUGAGUGCCACAUCAGGGACAGCCCGAGGGACAGAACGCUGCUGCAGCCCCGGUGUCACCACCAGAGCACUGCCCGUGCUCGGACACACUUAUCUCCAGCGACUGCAGGCACAGGUCUGGGCCAAACCAGAGGGGCCACACAUCCCAGGGGAAGGACGGCAGGGGAGGAGGGAGCACUUCGGGGAUGUUUCACAAAUAGAACCAAAAAGUUGGAGCGGGAUGUGGUGACAGGUGAGUCCUCCUGGGUGGUCAGGGAUCUGCAGCAGGGCUCGUGGUGGGAGCGUGGGCUGGAGCUCAGAGCAGCCCUGCAGCUCGUCCUCAAUCCUGUUCCCUUCACCCCACACGUACCAGGCACAUAGAUUUAGUUCACCAACACUUGAGGCUGUUAAUAAAUGUCACAGACUGUCUGCUGAUAAAGGCUGCAGGCAGUUUCUGGUUUAUAAUAAAUGCAAUUAGGACAAACUGGAUUAAUUCCGUCGGUUUUGGGGUUUUAUAAGCAAGGGCACAUUUAACCUCCCCCCAAGGGCAGUCUCAGCUCACCUGCUACUGCUACACAGAGUUCUGCAAGGGGGAACUUGGACAAAAUUCUGUUCACAGAAUUAGCAUCUUCUUAUCAGAAUAAUUUAUAAGAAUCAAAAAAAGAAUAGGCUGGGAGAACUGCUGAGGUGAAGCAGAAAGGCACAACCGCCACUGGCUCUGCACUUGCAUUCAGCACUGGUAGUACACUGACAAAAGUCCUGUUGUGUGAAGCAAGAAACCACUGCUUUAAAGGGAAGAAAUAGAAAGGUUACCUCCACACGUGGCCCUCACCCUCCCUGGCUCCUGCUCAGCCUCCCUCAGCCCUGGUGUAGUGCAGUCUCCACUUGAAGCAGCUUUUUCCUCCCAAAACACCCAGUUCACUGUGCACUUACACGUCAUAUAUAUAUUUGUGUGUGUAUAUAUAUCUCUGGCCACUUGGGGACAAAAUCUUGCUUCUGAAAUGGACUUGUAACUUAUAUCAUUAUAUUGUGGGGGUUUUUUUUUAUGAGGGGUAAAUAUUGUAAAAUGGGUUUUUAACAUGUCCAUCUUAAAUGUAAUUAUGACCUGUUUUUAAAGUUGUAGUAUUAAAGAUGGUCUUUGUAAAUCACUGGUACAUACUUUGGAGUCAAAUAAAGUUUUAUGUUACUCUA